AUGUUGAUCCUAUCCUGUGCUUCCAAGUUGCAGUUGCUGGAGAGGCUGCUGAAGAGAAACCUCCCUCAGACAGUUGCGGUCUGUGGUGCAGUCGUGAAUAUAAACCGCGGGAACCCAGUGGGCCAUGAGGUGAUUGUGGAUUCUUGGCCGGAUUUCAAAGCGGUCCUGACUCGUCCAGGGACAGAGGCCGAUACAGACGAUGCAGAUUUGUAUAAAAACAUAUAUGCAGCCUAUUACUGGGAUCUUGAUGUGUACCGGAGACUGUUGCUGGACACAGAUGCCAUCAACUGGAAGCAAACCUUUCGUCUCUAUGGGAACCAGAAUGGGAUCUAUGACGUCUCUAAAGAUGCUGCUGCUGCCAAGAAAAUUCAUCUGACUGCAAUUCCCCACUUCACCUACCUGAACCCUAAUCCAGAUAAAAUGCCUCAGCGCCAGCUAGAUCCCGGCUUCACAAUUUCCACCUUGAAAAGCUCCCAUGUUGACAUCCUAAAUGAAACAUGGCCCCAUGGGGGCAAUGAACAAAGCCGACGGUUCCUGGACAACAUGGUGAAGUGCUUCCCCAGUACCUGCAUCCUGGACAGCAAUGGUCAUCCUAUCAGCUGGAGCAUCACAGAUCCUCUUGGUGCACAAAUACAUGGCUACACCCUUCCAUCCCACCGCCGAAGGGGCUACUUAGCUAUAGUGUUGAGGGCAUGGGCCAUGCAAAGCUAUGUGGCAGGGUGCCCUGUAUAUGGCCAUACUGCCUUGAAUAAUGUCCAAGUGCAAAAUUGGAUGGCAUAUAUGGGCUCCCAUAGAUUAUCUGAAUUGUGUCAUAUCUGCAUACAUUCUUCAGCUUAG